AUGCUCAUCAACCUUCCCCAGCGUGGCCAUGGCCUCCCACGAGAGAGUCUCUUUGCUGCGCUACAGGCAAGCUUGGACCUUCAGCAUCAAAGGGGGCACCCGGUGCCCAGAUACGCGCCCCUUAUUGCCCUGCCUACUCUAUUGCUGGUGCACACUUAUACGGACGACAAGGCCGAGUAA